AUGGCCGUGUGGGCUUCCUCUGCUGCCUCACCGGGUGUCUGUGAGGCAGUAGGAGAUGUAGCGAGAGCUCCAGCGCAUGCUGCAAACUCUGAAUCUCUCGCUGCUGCAGGCGUCUCACAGCCUCCAGUUGCUGCAGGCCGCUCAGAGGGAGCACUAGUGAGACACCUGAGGAGUGGCAGCCUCCUUCGCGACAGCCCUCUACUACACGGCAGUGAUGCGCACAGUGUUGCUGUCGGAGUCGCUUUUAUCGGCAGAGACUCCAAGACAGACGAGCCGUCGGUCGCCUCUCUCCCGGGAGCUGAUGGAGCGGGUGCUGCAGAAGAAGAAGACACAUCCAGUAGCAGCAGCAGCAAUGACAGCAGCAGCAAUGGCUGCAGCACAGACGAUGACGGAACGAUGCAUGUGGACGCUGAUGAAAGGGAUGAUGUGGCCAUGCAGCAAUUGACGCCUUCUUCGGAAAAAGUACCUGCAAGUCGUACUGGCGGAUUCAGCCGAGGCAUCGCUAUGCAGGCACAGCAACAGCAGCAGCAGCAGCACGACUGGCAGGAACAGGGGGCGUUGUCUGUGCAGGAAGAGCAGCAAGAGGCCUUCCUGAGGGAAGCAGCGGCAGUGGCAGCGCAGCCGCUCGCGUUUGAGUGUAUGGAUACGGAUUGCGAUCCGCCAGCUGUCUACGCAGCGGUUCCGCAGCAUCGACGUCAACACAUGCAUCAGCAGGAGCAGCAGGAGCAGUUCUCGGAGAACGCGCAGGCUGCAGAUGCCAUGAAUGCCACGGAGGAGGCAAGGAAGGCUGAAGAGGAGGCUGAAGUAGAGGAGUUGCUGCAGUACUAUGCCACUCCACACCCGUCCGAAGCCCGCUAUCUGCACUUGACGGCUCUCAUCUAUUUGCAUUUUCUGAACUAUCUGGAUAGAGGCUUUUGUGGGGAGGCCUCGUGUGGGGACCUCAAUGCGGACUGCCCCUUCGUCUUCGACUUGGGAGACUCUCGUCGCAGCAGCUACGGCACGGCGUCGCUCUUUGAUUUGUUCAGCGCUCUGCUGCAGCGUUACGGGUCUGCUGCUGUGGAGGCCGUCUUUGCGCUCGUGGCAGUUCCUCUGAGGUUCACGCAUUAUAUCCAGUGUCAUGUGCUGGGGGAGCAGCGUGCUCACGUGCAGCAGGAGGUGGGAAGCGGCGAUUUCGGUGGUUGCAGAGACUGCAAACAGCGGCUUUCUUCUCACGUCCCUUCGCCCUUCCUUAGACGUGUGUACAACGGAGUCGUCCCCUGCUGCUGCGGGGUGUCUGGCCUUGCUUCGCAGCCUGCAGCAGCAGCCGUGGUAGGCUGUGUCGAUGCUCUUCCUCCCCCCUUUCCCAAGUCUCUUCGUCGGCUGUUGCCUCCUAGACGGCAGGCGUUCGGAGGGGAGGCGGAGUCGGUCGAGGCAGCCUCCCCUGCGGAGGGGGCUGAGCACGAAGGCUGUUGUGCUGGCAGGAGCAACGCGCAGCAAGCCACUGCGCCAGAAGCUUCUGCAUGCAGCCACAGCGACCGCUGCAGGCUGCGUGCCAGCAGGCGCGCAGCCUGCAGCGGCCGCUGUGGCUGUGAGCGAAGAAGGAUAGAGACGGUUGAAGGGACGGAAGGCUGCAGCAGUCCUGUCCCCUUUAGCGCGCGAGAUGUUGCGCGACGCUCGUAUACAGUCUAUGACUUUAUCAUUUCGUGCUUGGGAGACGGCUUUCCGGCUUUUUUUCCAGCAGACACCCCCCUUGCAUGCAUGCGCCUCUCCACAGCGAGCGAUGCCACCUUCCGCUGCAGGGGUCCAGGGAACGCUCCCACUGACGCGUGCCUUUUCUUUCGCUCUUUCCUCGACAGAUUUGCUGGCGUUGCUGCGACAACGCUGCUUCAAGGCCUUCACCCUGCCACAUGCAGCAGAGGCAGCAACCCUUACCACAUCACCAAGCUGCUCGAGCUGUUGCUCUUCUGCACAAAUGGCUCUAUCGAGAACCUGCCUUCCCACGUCGUGGUGGCGCACCCAGGGGAUGCCGGGAGCCGAGUCUUGAGCAAAAGCAGCAGCAAAAGCAGCAGCAAAAGCAGCAGCAAAGGCAGCAGCAAAAGCAGCAGCGGCAUACCGUCCUUGGCAGAGGAGGCGACCACGGGGGCGUUUCUGCAGCAAAUGAUUUCAUCGGAUGCGGAAGAAGCCUUUCCCUUGGGCGCUGCCUUCCGAUUGACAGAAGAAGAAACGUAUUCUUCGGGGAGACAGAGUGCAACUGACAUUACCCAUGCAAGUGCCGCUCUGUCUCUCUCCGAGGUGUUGCGUCACUUGAUUUUGUCGCUCUCCUUUCCCUCUUCUCAGGAGUUGCUGCUGCGCAUCACCGGCAGCAACAGCGCAUGCGUGGGGCCUGUUGGAGCACCCGUCCUUCAGGCGCUCCUCGAGGGGUGUAGCUGGAGAGCCUUUGUCGCCGCAUUGCUGAGACAGAGACAGUUUGACAGACGAAGCGACUUGGUCCUGCAGCUAGCCAGUGAGACCGCAGAACCAAGCUGCAGCUCUUGCUGCUGCAGCUCUUGUUGCAGCUGCUCUUUUUGCUGCUGCUCCUGCGUCAGCAGCCCUUCGGAGAGGGCGCAGCACCAAGAGGAACCUUCGCAGCAGUUUUCAUCUUCUGGGUCGCUGGGCAGAAGUUGCUGUCGCUGCUGCUGCGCAUGGGCAGCGUUUGAGCGGCGAUCCACUCGCGCAGCUGUACGCAGCAAGGGGGAGAGGCUGUUGCUGCGCCGCGAGCUGCAGCAGCAGAGGCGCCAGCAAAAACGGAAGCAACAGCAUUCGGAAGGAGGGUUCUGCUCGGUGCAGCAGCAGCAGCAGCGCAGCAUGCAGCUGCUCGGAGGCACAGGAAGCGUCUCGGGGUGGAAGCCAAAGGCUGCGCGUAGCAGCGGUGGGGGGGGACGCGGUAGUAGGAGGCGGCCUUCAACUACGAA